AAGGAUGAUUCCCAGAGACUUCUGGAAAGCUUCAGCUCUGAUGAAAAAGAGCACACACUCAAGAAAAGUAAAGCAGAACCCUAUACAUCAGAAGAGGAAAUGGUGCUGGAGGAAAGUGAGCCUCCUCUGAACAGUAACGUCACGGCAUUUGCAUUAAAGGCAAAAGUGAUCUAUCCCAUCAAUCAGAAAUUUAGGCCUUUGGCAGAUGGCUCAUCCAAUCCAUCUUUGCAUGAGAAUCUGAAGCAGUCGGUGCUGCCUAAUCAGGUCAUGGAGACAUCUACGUCAGGCAGCCUGGGAUCCCUAAGCCAGGGAGACAAAGAGGACUGCAGUUCCUCCACAACAAUACAUUCCACAACAAGCGAUGACAGAUUUCAGGCUCGAGCCUUCCUCAAGGUGAUCAGCUUCCCUGAAGUUCUAACAUGUGAGAGUUUUGAUGUUAAGCUCUGCCUUUGCAGUCUUAUUUUAAAAGAUCUCAUGCUUCUUGAUACUGAACUCAGAAAAGAAAAACACAUGAUGUUUGUUCAGGUUCUCAAAAUAUACUUCACAGACUUUCGUCAUAAAAAGAAGGUUACUGAUGAUUUGUUCAAGAAGAUCCUUUUAAUUCAAGAAAAUGAUUUUCAAGAAUUACAGAAACAACUUGACUCUAGACUGCAAAAUACUGAGAUGUCAGGAGCCCAUAAUUCAGAGUACCAGACUCUAGAAGACUUAGAAAGGAAAGAAAGAGAAUAUUCUGAGCACUUAAUAGAUAAUAUGGAAGCUUUCUGGAAGCAGACUGACAAAGCCCAGCAGGCUUUUUUGGACCAAUCAAAAUGCUCAAGUGCCAAAGCAACAAAGAUAAUGACGGAUCUCACCGAGAAGAUGAUUGCAGUAGAAAGCUUAUUAAGUGAAUCUCAAGAUUUGCAAGCAAUGGACAUUCAGGAAAGGUUAUUCAACUGGGAGCUUAUGGUGAAAAUGAUCGAUUCACUGAAGUCCUAUAUACCAGAAGAGUGCAAGUGUAGAUUAAAUAUUGUAUCAAAUAUUCUGGACCAUUUAACUGUAAAGAAUAAUCUCUCAGUCCGACAAAAGGAAGAACUUUUAACGGAUCUGCACAAGGCCUUCUGGGAACAGCUGGCACAUUUCAGUAAUGAAUGUAUCCAGCAAAGUAAAGACCUGAUCUUGAAACGACUGGAGUGCCGUGCAAAGAAGAGAGAAGAGUUCAAACACAGACAGAAAGCUGAACGAGGGAGUCUCCUCAGUAAAACUUUUCAUAUUAAAGAUGUUAAUGAUUUUCUUAAGGCUUACCAUGAGCUGUUAGAGAAGCAUCGGCAAGCACAGUGGGAACUGGAGGAGGAGGAUGACUGCAAGAGCACAGAGGCUGUUGCAGAUCUCUACAAGGAGCUGUACUCUAAAGCUUCCCAUGCUUUAGCAGAGUUGGUGACAGAGCUGUUUCUUCAGACCCUGCCUGUUGUGACAGGCCUCUCUGUAAGACAAUGUGAGCUUCUGAAAGAGGAAUGGCAGGAGAAUUUGGUCCCUCAGCUGGAGAAAUGGGAGACCCACCGCCAGAGACGUUGGAAGCUUUUCCAGGAACAGCUAUUGCAAGAAAAAAAA